GAAAUUAUUUUAAUUUGUGGGAUUAUUGAACUGUGUUAUAAUUUGUUAAUUUUAAAUGAACAUCUGGCUAGACUGGUUGAUAUUAAAGAGUGGGGAUUGUUAUAUUUAUUUCUAUGGAAACCAUUAUUCACAAAACUAAGUUCCAGUCUGCUUACUGUAGAUACUCAUUACUUAUUAGUAUACUUACAGUGACAACAACCCCAGACUAAAAAAUAAAAUAUUAAUCUAAUUCGAUUAGACUUAUACGGUUUAUUAACAUGAGUUUAUCCGGAAGGUUAGAGUAUAUAAAAAAUUUUAUUAAAUUGAAACAACAAGAAGAAAUAAUCGAAAAAGGAAUUGAAUUGUUUUUAAAUAAUAUCAAGUCGGACUCAGAAAUUUUAAAAAACUUCACGGAAGAAUAUAAAAGUUGUACCAAAAAAAGAGAAGAAACUACAAAACAUCUUUAUAGUAGAAUGAUUGAAAUAAAUACAGAUUUUGAAAAUAUUAAAGCUAUAAUAAACCAAUUCAAUAAUGGAAAAUUAAUCGAUGUUAAUGAUUGUAAAGCCAGAAUGAAUGAAUUAUUAGAAAAAAUAAAAAAGUUCGGUCACGAUUCUGAUUUGGAAGUUUUACAAAAGGAACAGAAGGAUUUGGAAGAUUAUUUGUAUGAUUUCAAAGUGACGCUGAAAAAAUACGAAAGUAAGAAAAGUUCAACGCCAAUAAAAUCUAAAAUAAUCAGGAAAUCAUCUGAGAAUAUAAAUAAAAUUGAUACAGAUUACAGUGAAGUCAAAGAUUUUGAAUCAUUAAUUGUGAAGACAGGUCACACACAGCAUUGGAAAGAGGAAGACCAUAACUAUUUUAUUCAAAUUAGAAAUAAGUUUCGCAGUAUACCAGCAAUGGUGACGGAGAUUCAAAAAAAAUAUCCUGAUUUAUCAACAGAUAAAAUAGUUAAUCAUGAAGCAUGGUACAAGGUUUAUAUUAAUUUGCGAGAAAAGCAACGCAAUAGUGUCAAAUUGUGGCGUGCAAAAAAAGAAUCAGAGAAAAAAGAAAAAAUCGAAUCGAUAAAAAAUAAUGAACUUAAAAAUAUUAGUCCGCAAUAUGAAUCAAAAAGUGGCAAUGAAUUUAGCGAUAACGAAAGUGAGUCACCAAAAAUAUUAAUAUUGAAAAAAGAUAAUGUAAUAGAUAAUCAAAAAGAAUUAAUUAAACAAUGGAAAAUUGAGAAAGCACGUGCUAAAAUUGAAAGUGAGAUAGAAUUAAAAAAACGAUUAGAAAAUGAACGUAUAUUACGCGAAAAACAAUUUUUAACGCGAAUAAUGAAGAGUAAAGAGGCGCUUUUGAAAUAUCAACAAGAUAAAAUACUAAAAGUCCAAUCGUUGCGUCAUGAAAAUAAACAAAACGAUAAAAUUGUAAAAUCAUCUACCAUUAUUAAAAGUUUCAGACAAAAAGACAAUGCAUUUAUAAAUAAAAGGAAACAUCUUUUAGAAUUGAAAAAUCAAAAUUCUAUGAAGUAUAAUUAUAAAACUAAUAAUGAUAAUAAAUCAACUAGUUUUAAAUCGAAUCCUUCUAAGUCAACUUUAAUGAAAUCAACAAUAUUAUGGGAUGAAAAGUGUAGGAAGGAAGAAACAUUGGAAAAUCAAAAACCGCUUCUUUAUAUUAAAGAUAUUCCAAAACUGUACGUAAAAAUAAAUGUAGCUUUAUAAAAUUUUCUUUAAAAAAAAUAUUUACAUAUGUGUAAUUACAAAACAUUAUUACAGAUUGCGACAUAAUUGGAGAAAUCAAGAAUCUUUUACAUAAGUUAAGGGGGAUAACCACUGUAAAAUUUGAAAAAAAAAUUUUUUUUGCAUUAAAUCAAAGUUUAUACAUUCAAAAAUAUGUGUCUAGAGUUUUAUAUAAAAAAUCCGAAUAUUUUUUCGAAUUAUAGUCAUUUUUGUAAGUGUGUUGAAUGACUAUUGCACGCGCGGCGCUCUGACAAAAACGCGUUUUUCUCGAAACUACUUUUUUUGAACUGAUGCGAACUGUAAUUUGCAUAAAUAUGAACCGAUUUGCAACAUUUUUUUUUCCUGUAUUCGUUUAUUCAGUAGCUAUCGUUGCACGUAGGGGAUUUUGAAAAUUUUGAUUUUUAAGAUUUUUUAGGGCUGUUUGAAUCCAAAAAAGUGAG